CUUCAUUCAGAUCCACAUUCCUACUCGCAGCAAAAUGAGGGCAUAUUGAAAUGGUCCGGCUUCUGCUUGACAAUCCCGCUGAACUCAACGCACUGGGCGGAUACUGCGGCAACGCACUCCAGGUGACUUCAUACAUAGGCUACGAGCCGAUAGUGAAGCUGCUGCCCAACCACGGUGCCAACCCCAACCCCCAGAGUGGAGAGUACAGCAACGCACUUUACUCUACUUCAUACGGAGACUAUGAGCAGAAAAUGAAGCUGCUGCCCAACCACGGUGCCAACCCCAACGCCCAGGGUGGAUUUUACAGCAACUCAUUAUACAAAGCUUCAUCUGGAGGCUAUGAGCAAAUACCGAUGGUGAGACUCCUGCUUAACAGGGGCGCCAAUUUCAACGCGGAGGCUAGACGCCACGACAACGCACUUUAUGCAGCUUCCGCCAGAGGGCACAACCAGCCAGGGAAACUAUUGCCCAACAACGGAGCACAUUGGCCAAUUCAGAAUACAUACCGAAUUCUCAUUAGCCAAACGGGUAAUAUAUAUAUAUCAAUAAGAACACUGUUUCAAAUGUGGAAAUGA